CGCUGUGGGGGUGACAUGUGUCCCCGUUCUGUGUGUCCCCGUUCUCUGUGUCCCCAUCCCCGGGCACCGGGCGUGACCCUCUGCGGAUGGAGAGGGGAGGGAAGCGGGCCGCCAGGCGCCGGCGGAGGGGCCUGCUGGGAUUUGUCCUUGUCCUUCCAGGCGCGCACUGGAGAUGGUGCUGGACUACUCAUCUUGGCUGCUUCAUUUAUUGAUGACAGUAUUUAUCACUUAAGAGCUCCUGGUGCAGUUGGCAGAGGAAAAUGGCUGUGAGAGCUUGUGGCUUGAUCAUCUACAGGAGGCUGCAGCCAGCACCAUCCUGUAAGGUCACCGACAGCAUCGAGUACCUCCUGCUUCAGACAUCCUAUGGGACCCACCACUGGACCCCACCCAAAGGCCAYGUGGACCCAGGGGAGGAUGACCUGCAGACAGCCUUCCGGGAAACGCAGGAGGAGGCUGGUCUGCAGGCCAGCCAGCUCACCCUCAUCGAGGGCUACAAGAAAGAGCUGCAUUACCCUGUCCGUGGCAAGCCCAAGACCGUGGUGUACUGGCUGGCGGAGAUGAAGGACUGCAACACAGAAAUCAAGCUGUCAGACGAGCACCAAGCUUUCCAGUGGCUGAAGCUGGAGGAUGCCUGCAAAUUGGCAGAGUAUGAGGACAUGCAAGCAACGCUGAAAGAAGUGCAUCAAUUUCUCUGUUCCAGAGAAUAAGUGUUUUUGUGAAGUAGAAGGGGGUUUCUUGAGGGGAUGUGGCUGCUUUUUAUUUUUUAAACUGGGGGAAGAAUUAUAUGGCUGCAGAAAUGUAGAUUUCUUUUUUUAAAUCUGUAGAAAUUCAGUGCGGAUACAUGGAGCUUUUAAAGAGGUUGUGCUUUUAUCUCCUCUAKCUAGCACAAAAAAGUGUAGUCUGAUUGAACCACAAGCCAGGGAUGUCUGAAUUGAAGCCCUGAGCUAACAAAAGACUUCCUCUGUCUCUGUCUCCUUUUCUUUUCCUUUUUUCUUACCCUUUUGCUUCCUUGAAGUGCUGAACAACUACAGAUCUUUUUGAGAAAUCAGAUACUUGAUCUAUCUUGACUUCUUGAUGUAAAGCUAGAGAGUUGAGAAAAUGAGCAUAUGGGGAUUUUUAAUAACAAAGCGUGUACUGCAGAAGUCAUACCUUGAAUUUCAAAUGAGGAAGCAGUAGUUCUAUUCCCUACUCUUCCACUGAUAUGCAGUGAUAACUUGUCAGAUCAUUUCAGGUCUUUUUUGUUCCUAUCAUGAAUUUAUGUACAUCCCUAAUGUACUGUUAUGAGAUCAUUUUCCAUCCAGAGAUUCUUAGUAAAUGGUUGAGGUAUGGUAUUAAGUGGUAAAUUGAAGUUUUUCUUUUGCCUCUUUGUUUUUUGAUCUUUAACAGACACCUUAGCCAUACAUUUCCCAGGGGGUUGUGAAAGGUACUUGAUGCACUUUCUGCACAGGAUGUCCAAGGUWAUGUGCAGUCUUGUGUCUGUUUAAUACUGUCAGCACUUCUGUGGCUGCAGCCACUCAUCUUUGGGGGCAGCAGACAAUAAUAAUGUUGCUACCUCUGUCUURCUUAUCACUGUUUCCUUCUAAUGGAGUGAUUUAUAAAAUCCUUUUUAUAGUACUUCCUUUUUCUGGUAUGUGUUUAUACACACAAAAAAAAGGAUGCACUGUAAAGAGGUUUUUCUAUAUAAUUAUGUAUGUAUAUAUACACGUAAAAAACUUCAGUGCUCCUCCACAUUAUAGUCAGGCUUUAUUUUGAUUAUGAACGCUGCUCGGAAGUGUUUCUUUCAGAUAGUGGCAGAGAGUGGAUCAACCAGUGAAAGAGAGGGUGAGACAAGAGUYAAAAGCCUGUGCUGCUUCACUCUUGGUUUUUCAUUACUGUUUGUGCUACCAUUUAAUCAGUGCUGUGUAAACAAUGRUGUUGCUGCCUUCUUGUUCAUGAGCAAGAUUAGCAUAUUAAGCUGGAGUUAGAGAGUCACUAACAAGUCAUGGGUUCUGCCCAUUCAACAGUGAUGAACACAGRCACUUGGUGCUUUGGCAAGCACAACAUUAGCUCAACUCCAUGCCAGUAUUUCCCUUUUAAUGGCACCUCUUCAGUAGUGUUCUCACAGCCUGUCAAGGUUUUGGAGGGUGACCAGUGUUGUGCACUGUAAGGUGAUGUGCUCCUUSGUCAAAAUUGCAAGGGAUGUAACUGUAAUAAUUAGUGAGGCACUGUGUGUACAUUUUGAGUGAUUUAUGUACAGAAUAUAUUCUCGCAAAUUUUGUGAGUAAAAUGAUGCUUGCACAUUUGGAAUCUU